CGCACACCCCCCCCACUGCCUUCUCCACUAAAAAUGGCAAUGCUCAAACACCUCACUCCCAUCUUCUUCUUCUUCUUCUUCUUCUAUCUCUUCUUCAUCAAUGGAAAUCAAGCCCGUUUAUUAACUGAGGAAAACCCAUUUACCCCCAAGGCUUCGCUCAUUCGAUACUGGAACAAGCAGAUCAGUCUCCAUUCCCCUAAAUCCUCCUUCCUCCUCUCCAAGGCCUCCCCGUUGUCUGCCCUCGACUCUGCAACUUUUUCUAAGCUUGCAGAGCAAAACCAGCUUUCCACUCAACUCUCAGCAUUCUGCUUAUCCGCAAACCUCUUUUGCUUCCCCGAUUUAUCUUCCAGCCUCCAUAACCAAAUAUCCGACUCCAGCUUCAUUAACUACACCCAGAAGGACUUCAAAAAGUACGGCGCAGGUCGAUCCGGCGGCUUCAACUCCUUCAAGAACUACUCCGAUAAUGAAAUGACUUCAAUCGACUCAUUCCGCCAAUACAGUCGGGGCUCUACAAGACAUGGAGAUAAAUUUUCCAAUUAUGCUCCAAGCAGCGGCGCACCUGACCAGAGCUUUAAGACCUAUGGUUCUAAAGCAACCGGCGGUUCCAGCGAAUUCAACAACUACCAACCAGACACAAACCAGCCGAACAGUCGAUUCUCCACCUAUUCAGACGGAUCCAAUGGGCGGGUUCAGUCAUUCAAGACUUAUUCGAAUUCUUCCAACGGAGGUGCCCAAAUCUUCUCCAAUUACGGGAGGAAUGGAAAGGAACUGCAGAAUAUGUUCACCACUUACUCGAGGCACGCCAACGUUGUCGGGUCAGGAUUCACUGGUUAUGGGAAGAACGGGAACAAGGUAAACGAUAAUUUCACGAGUUAUGGUUUUGACGGUAAUUCAUUCGUGGAAAUUUUCAAAAACUACGCCUCUGAUGGAAAAGGUGGCGUUGAAACCUUUUCAUCCUACGUAGAGACUAAUGUUGUGGAUAAUACAUUUACUUCUUAUGGCAAGAACUCUAGUAACGUUAAUGUUGAUUUUAAAACUUAUGCCAACACUGGUAGAGACAAUUUCAUCGGUUAUGGUGAGGGAUCUGAUAAACCCAAAGUAGGGUUUAAGACCUAUGGAGACAUGACUAAUUUCAAGAGUUACAGUAAAACUGGUGUCAGUUUCAAAAGAUACAAUAUCACCCGUGCUCAAAUAAUGGCGGGGGCUAACGGGAAAUUAGUAAAAAGAUGGGUAGAGCCGGGGAAAUUCUUCCGAGAAUCAAUGCUCAAGGAAGGUACUGUAAUGGAGAUGCCGGACAUUGAAGAUAAAAUGCCGAAAAGAUCAUUUUUGCCUCGGAGCAUUCUAUCGAAAAUACCAUUCUCCACCUCUAAACUCAGUGAGUUGAAGCAAAUCUUUCAUGCGGGUGAUAACUCAUCCAUGGAGAACAUCAUUAUGAACGCAUUGAACGAGUGCGAGAGAGCACCAAGCCCUGGCGAGACAAAACGUUGUGUAGGAUCCGCUGAGGACCUCAUCGAUUUCGCCACCUCCGUUCUUGGACACAGCAUAUCGGUUAGGACCACAGAGAAUAUAAACGGGUCAAAGAAGAAGAUCAUGAUCGGGUCGGUCAAAGGAAUCAACGGUGGAAAGAUCACCAAGUCUGUGUCCUGCCACCAGAGUCUGUACCCGUACAUGUUGUAUUAUUGUCAUUCUGUUCCCAAAGUUCGGGUCUACGAGGCGCAUAUUUUGGAUCGGAAUAGCAAGGAAAAGAUCAACCACGGGGUGGCCAUCUGUCAUUUGGAUACAUCCCAAUGGAGCCCGGGUCAUGGAGCUUUUGUGGCAUUGGGUUCGGGUCCGGGUCGUAUUGAAGUUUGCCAUUGGAUCUUCGAGAAUGACUUAACAUGGGCAAUUGCUGAUUAAUUUGGGUUAGAGUUAAUGGUAUAAUUUCAACUAUGAAUUCCUAAGGCCACCAUUGCUAUAUGCACCUUCCAGCAAACUGUUAACUGUAACAUUUUAAUAUCGUGCUGUUUUUUUUUAAAUUUGGUUUGCCCAUGAGCAAAAAUUUAACAUUCUCCCCUUAAUAAUAUUAAUUUUAAUAAUAAAAGUAUAGUGAAUGUAAACAUAUCAUAAUAUAUGCAAGUUUUGGAUACAAAGAAAGGUAGGGUGUAUGGGCCUUAAUUAGGUCCAUCUUGAUGGAA